AUGCUCUUCCCCAUGUAUACCGUUCCGUGCAAGGGCUUGCUUCAGAUGACCACAAUCCAACCACAUGAACAGCUCAAGGCACAAGGGGACAUCGUCAUCCAUGACCCCAAAAUGGGGAAAGCCGCCUUCGUGUCGCACCAGUGGGCUGCUCAAGGCCACCCUGACCCGGAGCUCAAGCAGCUGCAGGUGUUGAAAGAUGCCUUCAGGCACCUCCUGCACGACACGGGCGUCAUACCUCUGGACCCAGUGACGGAAGCCUACGUUCCUACUGCGAGGCACUUGUCCAUGCAAGAGUUCAAGUCCCAGCCGCUGUUCAUCUGGUAUGAUUACUUCUCUUGCCCACAGCUGGGGCAACGGGAGAACAAAAGUGCUGAGGGCAGCGAUCUUGCCAGGGCUAUUAGCAGCAUUCCGGCCUACAUCGCCCAAUGCUCUUUCUUCCUCGGCCUCUGCCCUGUUUUAACUUGCCAAGAUGACAGCGGACUGUUGACGCAAGAAACCUGGAGUCGUCGCGGCUGGUGCCGCCUCGAGAGAGCCCUGCGGGAGUUCUCCUUGGAUGAUAAGUGGGUUCUGGUCAAGAGCCCAAAGUCCAUGGAGCUGGUCGGCUCGGCGCUGCAAUUUGUGAGCGGCUCCGUGGGCGAAGGGGAGUUUACCGAGGAGGAGGACCGAAAGAAGCUGGCUCCUGUUUUGCGCCAGGCGGUGCUAAGGAAGCUGAUGUUCUGUCUGAAAGCUCAAGAUCUUCCUGCUUACCGUUGGCAUCUGAAUCUGCAGAGCGUGUACUUCAGAGGCCUGAGUGUUGAACCCGUGCGUGAUAUUGUUCCCGGCUAUGAGACUUCGAAAGACACAGACCCUGUCGCCGAGUUCUUCCAUCAAAACGGCUUUGUAAGUGUACGCGAUAUCGACAAAGCGGGCUGGUCCCCCCUGCACUAUGCGGCCAUGAAGGGAGAUGCAGCGCUGGUCGACGGCUUGUUGCGGCGGCAGGCCGAUCCGAACAAGCGCACAGCCAGGGAGCAGCCGAAGUUGGGAUGUCCACCCUGGAUGUCGGCUCUCGACCUCACCAUGCUCUUCAAGCAAAACGGCGCAGCACGCGUGCUCAUUGCUGCCCGGGCGAAGCUUGAUGGUCCGAUCUGCCCACCGCAGAAUUAUGCGGGGGUCUCAGACAACGCCGAAGGUAUGCGCCUCCUCUGUGCCGCCGGCAUGGACCCCCAUGCACCCGACCUACUCAGUACCCCGGCGGUCAGAGCUUGCUCUGCAUAUGGAUCCAUCGCCGCCUUGGGGGAAGUCGUGAUGCAUUCACCCCCGGAUACCAUCAGUGUCUCCAGGGCCCUGGUCCUCGCAGUGGCCGGAGGGGGCGGCACGGCCGAGAUGGUCCUCCGACUUCUCGAGCUCAGGGCUGACGUGAACCAUCAGUUCGAAGGUCCAAACCUCGGAUCUCCCUUUGGGCUGCUUGUGGCCGCAAAGUCUUUGCAGUAUCGAUGUGGCAGUACCACGGCUUUGUCCUCCUUGUUUUAUCACCUGUCAGGGAUGACGCCACUUAUGGCAGCCGUGCUGACCGCCCACUAUGAGGCUGCUGGGGCCUUGAUUGAUUCUGGAGCCCGGCUGGACCUGAAAAACCAUCGAAAGUGGACUGCUGCAGACUUUGCAAGAGGGCAAUCCCUCCCGCACUUUCUGCUGAGAGGGUUGGAGGGGGACCCGCUGGAAUGUCGAAGAGUCACAUCGCUCGCAUUGGCCACAGUAUACCUAGAGAUAUAG